UUCGCGUCGACGGUCAUCCGGAUCGACUCGCCGCGGCCAAGGUCGGUAGUCGUGAAGAGGAAAAUCCUCGUCGAAGGUCGUGGAGAGGAGGACGAAUGAAUUGAAAGGAUCAUCGUGAGUGAAGCUCUCGUUGUGAUGCUCUCGCAAAUGAUGCCGGUUCGGCCAAUUAUCGUGAUAGAUUUCUCCGAAUACUUGACUGUGAUAUGACAGCGCGAAUUUAUCAAACGAUUAAGAUCGACUCGUGUCAGGGUGGUGAUUGUGUCAAAAUUGGAUGGCAAUAUUUAAUUUUGGAGCACCCAAAACUUUGAUUGAUCGGAAACAAACAGAACGAAUGACAACAACGGGCAAUACGACAGACAAAGGAAUCUGCAAGUACAUCGGGUUGUACAACAUCCGGAUAAAUCAUGUCGACUUUAGGAAUAUCUUGUUACGAGGAUGGAUUUCGAUUGGGUGGCCCGCCAUCGGAAUGUUCCCUCAGGAGCAAGGCGCAGAUCGACGCACUAUUCGAAGAUUCCAGAUCGAUCUGCAGCUCCACAUUGAGUGGCUGGUACGCCGGAUUGUCGGUCGUCAUCCCGACUAACCUCCCCGAUGACUCGAGCGCUGAAGAGCAGAAAAGGGUAAACAGCGCUGUUCAGGCACGCAUCGAGGCAAUGUUCGCCUCGGUGGAGGCUGAAAGUGGAACGCCCGGUGAAUGCGCCGCCGCUAUCCUACCGGUAAAAUAUAUGGGAGCUGCUCCGGUCGGCGGACGGGUGGCGAGUGUUCGGGGUCUUCAGGAACCUCUUCGUCAGUUAUUGGAACGUAUAGAAGGAUGUGUCAGGGCCGAGUUGGAAAUCUCCAGACGUGGACUAACAUUCCGCACGAGCGACGUCUGUGAGAAGAAUAAUCCUUUUCGCAGGAUAGCGGUGUGGAGUGCCCUGAAGCUGAAAUGCAAGAGAAUACCAUCGGGCGACGUGCACCACGCCUUCUUACCUUUAGUCGGCGAUCAAGAUCAAACACACACGCAGACAUUGGAAAAUAAACACGCUGAUCUCUACAGGACAAUGCACGGUUUAAAAAACGAAACAGAAUUAUAUCCUCCGAUCUUCGCCGUGGUGAUGCGACGACCUGGGGCUGCCAGACUCCUGGAAUGUCACGGAUUUGCCUGUGAAUCUGAGGAAGAUGCUGUAGUGGCUGCAGCCACGUUGUAUCGCGCUCUUCUUGCUGAUCUGGACGCGAAUCGCCGACGACCGCGUCACACAAACGGUGUCGGCUGCAUCAGUCUGGCCUCCGUUGCUUCCAGCGUUCGAGAACCCAGCCUCAGCAGCAGGAUUAAUUGUCUGCUGCCUCCGCCACCAAGACCAACUGCGCCUCAUCCAGUGAGACCACCCAGAACCAAGAAGAGUUCUGUGAGUAGCUCCGUCACCGAGGACGAAGGCACAAAAUCUAGUUUGCAAAAGAUGCCGCGUAGAAAAAAAAAAAAUUCCGAUGUAAAGGCAGAAGACAUUCUUGAGGCGCGUGGAAAAAGACGAGACAUUAAGAUCGAGAAAAGCAAAUUCGGACAGAGCAAUCGAGAUGUUAUAUUGUCCAGAAACGAGGAAUUACAAAAUUCGAAGAACAAGACGUUUUGCACUAAGGAUCAAAAUUCUUUGAGAAUCGAGAUCGAAUCUGAUAAGCUUGAUGAAAUUUACAACAUUAACGACACGAAUGAAGUCUACGAAAGGCAAUCCAACAAGUAUGAGAAACUGUAUAAUCAGAACAAUCCGAAGAAGGAGCCGGAUUUGAAAGACAUUUAUGAAACAAAUUAUGGAUCGUACAAUUUAAAUCGAGGGAACACUGAUAAUUGUGAACACCAAUCAUACUCUUCCAGAGCCGAUAACAUUUUGAUGUAUGAUAAAGUCGAUAAGACUGGAAAAAACGAGACAAAUUCUAGUUACAAGCAAACCGGUAAGAAAAAAGAGAGUUCUUACAAUCCGUCCAUCGAAGACGCUGAUAAAAUCUAUAAUCUCGGAAAGGAGGAGAUUUACAUCAGCAAGAAUAAUAGCAGGAGCAAUAAGAUGAAAAGUUCUCAGGAAGACAUCUUCUUUGCAAAGAACUUGAAGAAGAGUGAGCGCUAUCAGUCGCGUCAGGAUGGCACGAUAAAACAGCAGAGACGCUCGCGAGAUCCAGAAAGGAUGUAUUCCGGCAAAAAACCCAAUAGAAUCGUCACUAUGGACAAACCCUUGAAAAAGGAGCAAUCGGAUCCAGCUUAUUUGCUGAACAUACCAGAAUAUAGUCGUCCUCGAAGAAGAAGAAGCAGAGCGGGCAGCGAACCGCCCGUCAGUCAUUCGGAGAACAAACUCCUGCAAGAGAAUACAUUGAAGAGAUCGCAGAGCGACAUAGACGUCGAUCGAGGCGAUCUAAUGACGAGAGUCGAAUUACCCAGAAGAGGCAGUUUCUUGACUUCCGGAAGUACUCGGAGAUCUAAUAACAUCAAAGGUGGCACUCCAUUAGGAUUCACAGAACUGUUUGACGAAUUUAGAAAUCAGGAGGGUUUGACCAGCGUAGAUGAUAUUUUGGCGGCUAUUAUAGAUCCGGAAGGUAUGUCAUUCAACGAUUUAAAGCCGCUCUACAAGGAAUUUUUAUUGAAAUUGGCGGCAACCUUAACGCAAGACGAACUAUAUCAGAGAUCCGCCAGCAUCAUGAGAAGACGUCGGAGACCGCAGAGACGCAGAUCGAAUCGUCGAUCUUGUUUAUUGGGGAAAGCCAUCAAGAGAUCUGUCUCGAGGUUGAAAGGUGGCCCCACAGAAUUCACUUCUGUGAUAUUUCCGGCGAGAAGAUUGAACGACAGUUUCGGCAGUAGUUCGUCGUGCGACAUCAGAAACAACCAUCGAAAUCGAGUACUAGCAAGUAGACUCGGUAGGAGAAAAUCCUCGUGGAAGGCGACCAAGAACGGCGCGUGUCACACUACUUCGGAGGACAGUGAUACAUGUAGACGACUGAAUCGUAACAUGGGUGCCACGGCGAACAGGAGCAGCAGCGGCUACGUAAGCUGCAGCGAAUGUAGCUAUGACUCCGAGUCAUGCACGUGCGUAUCGGCGGACAAGUGUUAUUGCUCGUUGUCUAGACGGAUACCAGCUACAUCGGUGCCUGAAAACACGGUCGUCUGCGCUUGCGACACUGAUAGCUGUUCCGAGAGCAAUAAGUGUUACUGCGCGAGGAAACCGAUACAGCCGACCAUACUAGAGCAACUUAGACAGAAAGGUAUCGUGCCGUCGGAGAGUACCCUCAGCAGAGGAGAUAGUCCCGAGAGGAUCAAAGGCUCGAGAAUGACCAACAGUCAUAGUUCAUCGCGCAACACCGAUUUUCUUAAGACUCGAUCAUCGCCCAUUUGCGGUAGUUCGGAUAAUUUGGCCUUAGAUUACGAUCUCUUCAGCCCAGGGAGAAGAUCUCAACAGUCAUCCGGUAGCGAGAAAGUUCUCGUCGUUAGUGCCAGAGAUACUCAAGGCCGUUUGGUUUAUGUCGGCGGCACAGAACGCGAUAAAAAGUAUUCCUCUCGCGGUAACGGCAGACCCGGAGCACAUCACGAAGCGCUUUCCAUCAAGAAAAGCGCGGAAAUCGCCGCGGUCUUUGGUGCAGGAGAAAAUAAUCGAAACUCGAGAAGAGCUAGUAACGCAUCGAGUAUAAGAAGCUCGAUCAGUCUCGAAGCUGGAUUGGGCUAUUUACCUUGACGAAAGCUU